AUGUCAGCAGGGGACUUGUACCGUUACUUACCUCUCGACCCGAACGAGAGCAACCGGUCGACUAAGCCCUGUCAGUGUCUGAGCACCCUAUGGCGCCGAGACUGGGUCUACCCCCUGGUGUUUCCCUUGAUCCCAUGCCAUGUACCCCGGCCAGCACAUUUGCUGUCCACAACCCAACAGCUUCAACUUGUAUCCAAAUCCAUGUCGCCGUUCAUCCUCCUCUUCUCCUCCUUCUCCUCCACCACCGUGUACACCCCCAUGCACGUUAAGCUCGUUGGUUCCCCAGCAAGUUGCUAG